GCUUUCCAGAAUACGGGUGCGAAAAAAAAACACAGUGUGGGCUACACGUAGCGAGAGAGGGAGAAAAAUAUCGAUAGUGUUGGGAGGAAAAUCUGGAGAAGUGCGAUGGAGGUCCGGAGUGUGUGGUGUGUGUUGCUGAUCAGCUGCCUGCUCCACGAGAACUCGGCCCACAGUGACUUCUUCACUUCCAUCGGCCAGAUGACAGACCUGCUGUUUACAGAGAAGGACCUGGUGACCUCCCUAAAAGACUACAUUAAAGCAGAGGAGAGCAAGCUGGAGCAGGUUAAGCAGUGGGCCGAGAAACUGGACGCUUUAACGGCCACGGCGACGCAGGACCCAGAGGGUUUCCUUGGUCACCCGGUCAACGCCUUCAAACUGAUGAAGAGGCUGAACACAGAGUGGGGCGAGGUGGAGGACCUGGUGCUCAGAGACAUGUCUGACGGUUUCAUCUCCAACCUGACCAUCCAGCGGCAGCACUUCCCCAACGAUGAGGACCAGACAGGAGCAGCCAAGGCGCUGCUCAGGCUGCAGGACACCUACAACCUGGACACACAUACCAUCUCCACUGGCGACCUGCCUGGCACAUCCUCAGAUCUGCCCUAUAAGAGCACUCUAACAGUGGAGGACUGUUUCGAGCUGGGGAAGAUCGCGUACUCAGAAACAGAUUACUACCACACAGAGCUGUGGAUGGCGCAGGCUCUCAGACAGCUGGAUGAAGGAGAGGAGUCCAGCAUUGACACAGUGACCGUACUGGACUACCUCAGCUACUCCAUCUACCAGCAGGGUGAACUGGAGAGAGCACUGGAGCACACCAAGAGACUGCUGACUCUGGAUCCAGAUCAUCAGAGAGCCAACGGCAACCUGAAGUACUUUGAGUACCAGCUGGCCAAGCAGAGGAAAGUAGAGAGUGAGCAGAAAGUAACGGAGGAGAAAAAGGAGAGAGAGAAGAGAGAGACGGACAAAAAGAAUAAUUACCUUCCAGAGAAGAGGAAGUACGAGAAGCUUUGCAGGGGAGAGGGAAUCAGACUGACCCCGCGCAGACAGAGCCGGCUCUUCUGUCGUUUCUUCGACAACAGCAGACACCCGUACUACCUGCUUGGCCCGGUGAAACAGGAGGACGAAUGGGACCGGCCACGCAUCGUCCGUUACCACAACAUCAUCAGCGAGACAGAGAUGGAGAAGGUGAAGGAACUGGCCAAGCCCAGGCUGCGCCGAGCCACCAUCUCCAACCCCGUCACUGGUGUGCUGGAAACUGCCCACUAUCGCAUCAGCAAAAGGCGAGCCACCGUGCAUGACCCCCAAACAGGGAAACUCACCACAGCCCAGUACAGAGUCUCCAAGAGUGCUUGGUUAGCAGCCUAUGAGCAUCCAGUGGUGGACCGCAUUAAUCAGAGAAUCCAGGACAUCACAGGCCUCGACGUCACCACAGCAGAGGAGCUACAGGUAGCUAAUUAUGGUGUAGGAGGCCAGUAUGAACCUCAUUUUGACUUUGGACGGAAAGACGAGCCGGAUGCCUUUAAAGAGCUGGGCACGGGAAACCGCAUUGCCACCUGGCUCUUCUACAUGAGCGAUGUGGCAACAGGGGGCGCCACAGUCUUCCCUGAAGUAGGAGCAGCAGUAAAGCCAAUGAAGGGCACAGCAGUUUUCUGGUAUAAUCUGUUCCCCAGUGGAGAGGGGGACUACAGCACGAGGCACGCCGCCUGUCCAGUACUGGUGGGGAACAAGUGGGUUUCAAAUAAAUGGAUCCACGAGAGAGGCCAGGAGUUCCGAAGGCCCUGCGGUCUGCUGCCGUCGGACUGACCCCGCCUUCGUCGUCCCCUCCUCUCCCUCGUUCGCGUGCGACUCUGUGGACUGAGAGCUUUGAGACGUUCCUGAUUCCCCCACCGAAGGCUCACCAUCCGCUGCGUUCGCCUUCAGCAGCCGACGCGUCUGCCUUGUUUUGUUUUUAUUUGAGAUGAAUGUCAGUAUGCCUGUGAACUGUGUUGAUACCUUUAGUGCCUUUUAUCAUUUCACACGAGAGCAGCUUGUGCAGAGAGGAAAGCCUCUUUACAUCACUCCAUCCUCCACAGGGCCUUAAAGCAACACUCCAGCGUUCAUCAGCCCCGUCUCUGUCCGACAUAUCUGUAGCAUGUGGUCGAUCACCACAGACAAUCAUCACUCCAAGUUUCCGUCUCUUAGAAAAAGACAGAAAAGCUGAUGACUCCAAACUCACUUAUAAUACAAGCCGAUGGGCAGAUGCUGAAUUUAAUAAACAUUGAUGAGAAACGUG